CAUCCCCGGCGUGUUAUCCUAUGUGUCCAUCCCCGGCGUGUUAUCCUAUGUGUCUUAUCCAAAUGUCUCCUUUUUGGCCCUUCUAAGCCUGAUGGCAAUACCAGUAAACCCCCCGGCGUGUUAUCCUAUGUGUCCAUCCCCGGCGUGUUAUCCUAUGUGUCCAUCCCCGGCGUGUUAUCCUAUGUGUCCAUCCCCGGCAUGUUCUCCUAUGUGUCCAUCCCCGGCGUGUUAUCCUAUGUGUCCAUCCCCGGCGUGUUAUCCUAUGUGUCUUAUCCAAAUGUCUCCUUUUUGGCCCUUCUAAGCCUG